AUGUGGGGACGAGAUCUGGGUUUCAGAGCUCCGAGAACUCGGAUUCAUGGCGUUCAGAGGGCAGCAACCCCAAAUCCCCCUAUGCGAGAAACAAGGUCGCCGCUGCCGCUGCUGUUUCGCAGGAGGUCCAGCGGGCAGAUCAUCAGGAACAUCGCCACAGUUUCGAGCAGCCUUCUGCCAGCUUUUGGAACUGUGAUUGAUGAAGGAUACUUGAAGCUCAAGAAACAUGUCAUCGCACCUUAUGACCACAGAUACAGGAUGUGGCAAACUUUCCUGGUGGUGCUGGUGGUGUACUCAGCAUGGGCAUCAAUCUUCGAGCUGGCUUUCAAGAAAGCAGCAACUGGGACGCUCUCCCAUUUCGAUCUGGCCGUGGAUGCCUUCUUUGCCAUCGACAUCGUUCUCACUUUCUUCGUGGCUUAUCUCGACACGACCACGUAUCUUCUCGUUGAUGAUCACAAGAAGAUAGCUACUAGGUAUCUUACGAAACCAUGGUUCAUAAUGGACGUUGCCUCGACCCUACCAUUUCAGACCAUAUACAGAAUCUUCAGUCGCAGAACAAGCCAUGCAGACGUCUUUGGUUUCCUCAAUCUGCUCCGACUCUGGAGACUUCGCCGAGUCAGCCAGCUCUUCACAAGGCUGGAGAAAGACACACGAUUCAGCUACUUCUGGACUAGGUACUUCAAGCUAGUAGGGGUUACACUAUUAGCUGUGCACUCAGCAGCAUGCGUCUACUACUGGCUGGCUUACCAUCAUCCACUAGAAGAUGACACCUGGAUUGGCUCUGAGGUCCACGGUUUCAAACACAGAAGUAUUUGGCUGGGCUACACCUAUUCCAUGUACUGGUCGAUAGUCACCCUCACCACGGUUGGUUAUGGAGACCUGCAUGCAGUAAACACAGGAGAGAAGGUUUUCAAUAUGUUUUAUAUGCUGUUCAACAUUGGUCUUACAGCAUAUAUAAUCGGAAACAUGACCAAUCUUGUUGUCCACAGUGCGGUUCGAACUUUUGCAAUGAGAGAUUCAAUCAAUGAAAUAUUGAGGUAUGCAAACAAGAACCGGCUUCCUGAGAGCUUGAAAGAGCAAAUGCUGGCACACAUGCAACUCAGGUUCAAAACAGCAGAGCUAAAGCAAGAGGAAGUUCUGGAGGAUCUUCCGAAGGCAAUAAGAUCUAGCAUAUCUCAGCAUCUAUUUCGUAAUACAGUUGAGAAUACUUACCUGUUCAAAGGAGUGUCAGAAGACCUUGUUACCCAGCUGGUGUCAGAGAUGAAAGCUGAGUACUUCCCGCCAAAGGUUGAGAUCAUACUGCAAAACGAAAUCCCUACAGAUUUUUAUGUCCUGAUUUCUGGAGCAGUGGAUGUGAUGAGCUACAAGAAUGGUACAGAACAGUUCUUGUCAAAACUAGGAGCUGGAGAUUUGGCAGGAGAGAUUGGGGUACUGUUCAACAUUCCACAACCCUUUGUAGUGAGGACUAAGAGGCUUUCUCAAGUUGUGCGCCUGAGUCAUCAACACUUCAAGCAAAUAGUGCAGCCACAUACAGAGGAUGGCAAGAAGAUCAUCUCCAACUUCACACAGUACCUGAAGGAACUGAAAAAGGAUAUGCUGGACGAACUACCUUUCCUGACAGAAUCACUAGAAGAAAUGGAUAUACAGGAAAGAAUCCCAAAUGAUGAUCAACGAGAUGUUCAAGCACAGAAUACCGUGGAAGAUGAAAGUACAGAAGGAACACAGGAAAGUUCUGCUUCAUUAUCGACCAAGUCUAUACGGGUAAUAAUCCACGGGCAUCAUCCAAAGGAACUUCCAACAGAGAAAUAUACCUUUGGGAAGCUAGUCUAUCUACCAGAUACAGUUGAAGAACUUCUAGGAUUAGCAGAAAAGAAGUUUGGAAAAAGAGGAAACAAAAUCGUCAUGGAGAAUGGCACACAGGUUGAAGAUCUGGACGCCCUAAGAGAGAAUGAUCACUUGUUUAUCAUUUAG